AUGUCCUCCCGUCCCUCACUCCCAUCUUCCUAUCCCCCCCAACCCCUCUCUCAGCUCAAUCCAUCUCCUCACUUCCCUCUCCCCCUACUGUCCCUCAUGUCCCCCGCUCCUUCCCCCCAUUUCACCCCUCCGUGCCCUCAUUCCCAUCCCUCCCCCUCGUCUCACCAUUCCUACCCCGUUUUCCCACCACUUUCCCUUGUUUUUUCCCCUCCCCCCAUCAGCCCUCCGCGCCUGCAGCCUCGUCACCGCCACGGAACAGCCAGCUGCACGUUUGACGAGGUGCGCGAGAUGUGGCCAUUCAAGAGCCAGUGCCUUUCCUCAUCCCUCCGAACCUCUUCCUCUCCGCCCUCCAGUAGUGGGGCAGAGGCGUGGCGAGUGCGCGUAACGGGAGGGAAGUGCAUCGUGCAGUCAACUGCGCUCACACGAAUCCGCGCACCUGGCUUGCACACCUCCGUCAUCCUCUCUCUCCCCUGUCAUCCUCUCCUCCCCUUGUCUUCCUCCCACGCUUAUCAUCCUCUCCCCCCCACACCUCCUCCCCCCCCUGUUCUCCUCUGUCUCCACCGUCAUCCUCUCUCCCCCUGUCCUCCUCUCCCCCCCCUGUCCCCCUCUCUCCCCCCUGUCCUCCUCUCUCCCCCUUGUCCUCCUCUCUCCCCCCUGUACUCCUCUCUCCCCCCUGUCCUCCUCUCUCCCCCCUGUCCUCCGUCCCCCCCCCCCAAGUCCUCCUCCGUCCCCGCUGUCCUCCUCUCACCCCCUCCUAUCCCCUCCCCGUCCAGUCCACUCCCCUGGCGUCGAUGGUGCACACCCGAUGAGCCUCAGGGUGCGCAUCCUCUACUCCAUAUCCCUUCCCCCCUUUUUCAUUCCCCCCAUAACCCUCUCCCCCGUUUACCUUCCCCCUGUUCCCCUCCCCCCCACUUCCCGACCCCCCUUUUCCCGUCCCCCCUUUUCCCUUCCCACCGUUUCUCUUCCCCUCGCUUCCCUUCCUCCCGUAUCCCUUCCCCCCGUUUCACAUCCCCCCACUUUCAGUCCCUCCUUUUUCCCGUCCCCCCUUUUCCCGUUCCCCCUUUCCCCUCCCUCCCGUCUCCCUUACCCUCGUCCCCCUACCCCCCGUCUCCCUUCCUCUGUCUCCUCUAUCCCCCAUGUCCUCCUCUCUCACCCCUGACAUCCUCUCCCCCCCCUAUUCUCCUCUCUCUACUGUAUCAUCCUCUCUCCCUUCUAUCAUCCUCUCUCAUCCUCUGUCUUCCUCGCUCCCCACUGUCAUCCUCUCCCCACCUUGUCCUCCUCCCCCCCUGUCCUCCUCCCCCCCUUGACCUCCCCUCUCCCCCCUGUCAUCCUCUCUCCCCCCUGUCCUCUCCCCUCCCCCCUGUCCUCCCCGCUACCCUUCACUGUACCCCUUCCUCCCCAUCCCACCUCCCUGCCCCCCCAUGUCUCCUGGACCCUUCCAUUCGCUUACAUUCUUCUGUGAACCUAUUGUAUGGGUUCUAUCUAGAUAGCUUCAACCGUACAGUGGCCAUUGGUGCCCUGCAGUGGAUAGCAAUGCAAGGCGCUACUCAGGCUACGAACGAUGAGGCGGCCGCGGAAGAGCGGAGGAGGAUCGAACGCCUUCAGCGUCAGCGGAAGGAGCGCCGCGCACGACGCAUGGCGGAAUGGCUGAUUGAGCUCUGCAUUAUGGAGGACGAUGACUUUGUCAACGUCUUCCGCAUCUCGCCUAAACUGCUGGAGUACAUUGCACCUGUCAUGGCCCUCCCCAUGAGCCACUUCGUUGAGAAGCUCGGGAUCCCGCUCGACCUUUGCGUCCUCAUCCCUAUCAAAUACUUUGCCAGUGCCAUGACCUUCAUCGACCUGGGCCUCUACUUCGGUCUGCCCAAGACCAUUGUGCACAGGAUUGUGGAGGCCUUCCUCGUGCACUUCCCCCGGAGGUUCAAGAAGACCUGGGUGCGCUUUCCCACAGCAGAAGAGAUGGAGGAGAUGGCAUUGGCCUUCAAGGAAGCAUCAGUGGCGGGUGUGGAUGGGCAACGGCCCACCGUGGUACCACCGGAGUGGCAUGAGGACCUACGGAUGGUGUGA